CUAGGGUUUUCUGCUUCAAAGAGAAUAUUAAGGCGUCAACUUCUUCCCGGCGGUGGGUUCUCUUAGUGGAAGAAAGUUGCAGCGAGAAAAUCAGAUCCGAGAAUGCCUAAGCAAAUCCACGAGAUCAAGGACUUCCUUCUGACGGCGAGAAGGAAGGAUGCUAGGUCAGUGAAGAUCAAGAGAAGCAAGGAUAUUGUCAAGUUCAAGGUCAGGUGCUCUAGGUACCUCUACACACUAUGCGUCUUCGACCAAGAGAAGGCUGAUAAGCUUAAGCAGUCACUUCCUCCAGGCUUGGCGUUGGCUCGAGUGAUGAAGCCUUCGAGAGGGCGUGAGCCAGACGGAUCUUCUGGGUUCCAAUCGAGCAAUCUCUGGGUCGGUAGUUUGACCACCGAUACAACGGAAUCCGAUCUGGCCGAUCUGUUCGGGAGGUUCGGUGAAAUCGACAGACUCACGGCGUUUUCCUCCCGUAGCUUCGCGUUCAUCUACUACAGGCGCGUCGAGGAAGCCGUGGCGGCGAAGGAGGCGCUUCAAGGUGCCAACUUGAACGGGAGUCAGAUUAAGAUCGAAUUCGCGCGACCGCUCAGGAAAGCAGCAUUUUUAGGGUGUCCUGAUCGCAUCAAGCUCGUUCCAGAUACAGCAAAACCUUGUAAGAGUCUUUGGGUGGGUGGAAUCAGCCCGAGUGUGUCAAAGGAUGAACUCAAGACAGUGUUCAGGAGAUUUGGGAAAAUCGAAGAUUUCAGAUAUCUUAGGGAUCGCAAGACAGCUUUUAUCGACUUUUUUGAAAUGGAAGAUGCUAUACAGGCAAAGAGCAUGAACGGAAAGCGAAUGGGUGGUAGCUUUUUGCGAGUUGAUUUUCUUCGGUCACAAGGGAUAAGAAAAGAACCAUGGCCUGGCUCCAACGAUGGGAGUUUAAGUGCUACACAGCAGUAUACUCACUCAUUUGGAGAUGAUAAAGGAGAUGACGAACCAAGUAAUGUUCUGUGGAUUGGGUACCCUCCUUCUGUUCAGAUAGACGAGCAAAUGCUACACAAUUGCAUGAUACUAUUUGGGGAGAUUGAGAGAUGUAUUAGUUACCCAUCAAGGCAUUUUUCACUUGUGGAAUUUAGGAGCGUUGAGGAAGCUCGCUGUGCUAAGGAAGGACUACAGGGAAGGUUAUUCAAUGAUCCAAGAAUCACAAUCAUGUACCAAAACGAUAACAUUCCCCGUGGACGAGGAGAUGAGGCCGGUUUCUCUGGUGUCAAACGAUCAAGGCCUGAGAUGUUCAUCAAUGAUCCUCCUCCAUACAUAUCGUCACCACAUUCCAGUGUUGUUCUUGACCCUAUGAGGCCCUUCCGAGGUAGCAUGGAACGUUCACAUACUGGUCCAGAAUAUAGCGAUGAAAGCUGGAGGAGGUCAUCUCCAACUAGAGCUGGAAUACUCCCGUCUCCUGCACCAAGUACAAGGCUAUCCGUUAGGUCAGACCGUGGUUCUUGGGAUGGAUAUGAUCCUGAUCGGUUGGAUAGAGAACCUAAAAGAACCCGUAGAGAUGGAUCAGUAGAUGGUUUUUAUUCGAUGGGUGUAGAUGAACCCUUCACCGGAUUGGAUAGGUCAUAUGGGCGUGGCUCAGUUGCAGCAAGACCGGGCCGUGGUUUCCCUGAUACUGAUUUCAUUUGGAGAGGAGUCAUUGCCAAGGGUGGAACUCCUGUUUGUCAUGCUCGUUGUGUACCUAUUGGAAAAGGGAUUGAAACUGACCUCCCUGAGAUCGUCAAUUGUUCAGCAAGAACGGGUUUGGAUAUGCUUGCCAAACAUUAUACCGAAGCAAUUGGGUUUGAAAUCGUUUUCUUCUUACCAGACAGAGAAGACGACUUCGCGUCUUAUACUGAAUUUCUCCGCUAUCUUGGUUCAAAGAACCGAGCAGGUGUUGCCAAAUUAGACGAUGGAACCACUUUGUUUUUGGUUCCUCCAUCAGAUUUCUUAACUGAUGUGCUCAAAGUAUCGGGACCAGAAAGGCUAUAUGGUGUUGUUCUCAAGUUGCCCCCACCACCACCAUCGUAUAUACAAGAAUCUCAGUCCGUUCCUCAAUCCUAUAUGGGUCAUUCGUCUGCUAAUGCCAACCACGGUUUGUACACUGCUAGGGAAGAUCCAGCCUUGUUUGAUUACAACAGGGGUCCAAAACUAUCGUUUGCUCCUUCUGGCGAGCCUGUUGCUGUACCUAACACUGCAACGCCACAAGCUGUGGUUAUCACCAAUCUGUUGGAGUGUCCAAUGAAGAAACCUCUGUCGCAAGCUUGGAAUCGAGACCAACCAACGGUUUCUGAGCCAUUGAAUCUAUCAUUACAACAAUUUAGCAAUCAAUACAAUCUAGUGGAGCAACUACCUCCUCCUCCGAUGCAUUAUCCUCCAGUGUCAAGCACACCGAGCUACUCCAGUGGAAUGGUACAAGGUGGUAUGCAGUACCAAGCGCCUUAUGUUAGUAUGCCUCAGCAGGCGCCGUUACCUCCUCCUCCACCGAAUAAUUACGCCAUGUACUCUCAAGGUUCACAUCAAGCUGUUUCUCAACCCGUGAGACCGCAAUAUCAACCUGCAGCUCCCAAGCUUAACCAAAACUACAUACCGGUCCCUGGAGCUGAGAACCCUGGGUUGCACGUUUAUCAGGGUUAUCACCAAGGUAAUCAUCACGGUCUGACAAAUAAUCAAGCGCAUAACGGAAACUUUUCCCAAACUCAUACUGCGAUGCCACAACCACCGAACAAGCUUAACUUUGAUGCGUGUAGCCAAGCACAGCAGCAGCUCGAGCUUGUGCCUCAUGGAGCUGGUCAAGGUACUUCAGAUGGUGAGGUCGAUAAGGACCAGCGAUAUCAGUCUACUCUACAGCUUGCGGCUAACCUUCUUCAACAGCUUCAGCAACUGCCAUCAAAUGCUUCGACUGGAAAAGGGCCUUGA